AUGGCUGUGUCCAGGACCGCACCUGGCGUAGUUGAAACGUCGGUGUCCAGUUCGGCCGGGGCCUCUUCUGUCCUCUUCAGUUUUCUAGGAGCGGCGAAGCAGAAGGAGCCGCUGCCGGCGGAAAUAGCAAAGUCGGGAAACACUAACAUCCACCGACUAACCAGCCAGAAGCCCCACGAGCUGAUGGUAGAUCUGGAACGGUUCAAUGGGGAGAUUCGUCACGCAGCUUACAGCUCGUUCUCUGUGGCUUCAGAGUCUAAAAAAUUCAAACUUCAUGUUUCCGGCUACUCGGGCAAUGCCGGAGACAGCUUUGUAUACCAUAACGGUCAAUUCUUUUCCACUGGGGACCAAGACAAUGAUCCAUUUCAAAUGGUAAGCUGUGCCGAGGGAACCGCCGGAGGGUGGUGGUUCAACACGUGUCUCACAUGCAACCUGAAUGGUUUCUGGUACUCCUCGGAGACUCAGCUAGUGCGAGACAUGGGGAUCACCUGGUCACCUGACUGGAUUAAUAUAUACUCCAGUUUGAAGACAUCGGCCAUGAAGAUUAGACCAGUAAACGACACACUUCUACCGUGA